CUUCCGUACACCACGUGGCCAGCAAACAGGGAAGCGUUGAGUCAGGGUUGAGCUCGUGCCUGUGUUUUUGCCGUCACGGAGGAGCGGCCUCUCCAUUUCACGCUGUUAUAAGGCGCAACGUGGAUGGUAGAGACACUCUCCUUCAGAAGUUUGUAGCUGGAUGAAGAAAAUGGGCUCUUUUCGCUGCUCCGGGCCGAAGAUGUUCAGCUUUCUCCUGAUCUGCGUCACUUUGUGGAGCCACCUAAGCGGGAGCAGCGGGGCCAGCUCUUCCCGGAGACCUAACAUCGUUCUGAUCCUCACCGACGACCUGGACGUCGCUAUCGGGGGUCUGAAUCCACUGAACAAGACGAAAAAACUCAUUGGUGACGCAGGGAUGACCUUCACAAACGCAUUUGUUGCCAGCCCGCUCUGCUGCCCCAGUCGUGCCAGCAUCUUGACGGGGAAAUACCCCCACAACCACCACGUCAUCAACAACACCUUGGAUGGAAACUGUAGCAGCAAAGCCUGGCAGAAGAGCGAGGAGCCGCACACCUUCCCCGCCUUACUGAAGGCCUCCGCUGGCUACCAGACAUUCUUUGCUGGGAAAUAUCUCAACCAGUAUGGGCACUCGGAAGCUGGUGGAGUGGAGCACAUUCCUCCAGGUUGGAGUUACUGGGUCGGGCUGGAUAAAAACUCUAAAUACUACAACUACACACUAUCAGUGAAUGGGAAGGCUCAGAAGCACGGAGCCGACUACAGCAAAGAUUACCUGACAGAUCUACUGGCCAACAUGUCUCUAGACUUCCUCCAGUAUAAAACCAGCUACCAGCCGUUCUUCAUGAUGGUGUCCACGCCGGCCCCCCACUCCCCCUGGACAGCAGCACCUCAGUACCAGAAACGCUUCAACAACACCAAAGCUCCCCGAGAUCCCAACUUCAACGUCCACGGGAAGGACAAACACUGGUUGAUCAGACAGGCUAAAACUCCCAUGUCAAACUCCUCCAUUCGGUUUCUGGAUGAUGCCUUCAGGGGACGGUGGCAAACGUUACUGUCAGUGGACGACCUGGUGGAGAAAAUAGUGAAGAGGUUGGAGGUCAGAGGUGAACUGAACAAUACCUACAUCUUCUUUACUUCUGAUAAUGGAUAUCACACAGGUCAGUUCUCUCUCCCAGUGGAUAAAAGGCAGCUGUAUGAGUUUGACAUCAGAGUUCCUCUCAUGGUCAGAGGACCAAAUAUCAAACCCAACCAGACCAGCCAGAUGUUGGUAGCGAACGUUGACCUUGGCCCGACCAUCCUGGACAUCGCCGGGUACAACGUCAACAAGACCCAAAUGGACGGCAUGUCGUUUCUGCCAAUUAUGGAGGGGAAGAUGAACGGCAGCAGUUGGAGAACAGACAUCCUGGUGGAGUACGAAGGCGAGGGCAGGAACAAGUCGGACCCUGCCUGCCCGCUACUGGGUCCCGGAGUGUCGGAGUGUUUCCCAGACUGUGUGUGUGAGGACUCUUACAACAACACUUACGCCUGUGUGCGCACCAUCGCCCGCUCUUCCAACCUGCAGUACUGCGAAUUUGAUGACAAUGAGGUUUUCGUAGAAGUCUACAACGUGACUGCAGACCCGUACCAGCUGACCAACAUUGCAAAAACCAUUGACAAGGAAGUCCUGGAGAAGAUGAACCACCGGCUGAUGAUGCUGCAGUCCUGCUCCGCACAGUCAUGUCGGACACCCGGCGUGUACGAUCCGAGGUAUAAAUUUGACCCACGGCAAAUGUUUACCAGCCACAGCUGGAGGCUCAGCAGACUCAGGCAGACAGUGAAGUAGGAAGACUGCGAAGGAUGUGGGGAAGCUGGGGAAGAAAGGCUGCGUUGAGUGAUGUAUUCAGCCUUUCCUGAUGUUGUUGCCUUGUUGUCGGGCCUCCUGAGCCAGUCUCUUUGUAAGAUGAGGAUGGAGAAGGGAUCAGGUGGGGGUCAUAUUAUGGCGCUGCUGGAAGAUAGGAGGCCCACCUUUUAAACUGUCUGUUUGGACUGCUUUUCAAUUAUUUUGUCAGUAGGUGUGAAAGAGAGCCAGAUUAUUCAGAACUGAUUUACACGAGGCAAGCCAUGAAUUAAAACCCUGUUUUCAUAUAAGCCUUACUUUGCACUGAACAUAUCACUUUAAUUCCUUUCAACUACUCACUCUUCUAAAUGUUUAAUUUAUGGUUGAACACUUGAAUUUAUCAGAGAAAGCUACAGAGCCCUUACUUUCCCAUUAGGUGUGACUGUUUUUCCCCCCCUAUCUCAUGCACUCAUUUUAAAUUUUACUAUAAAUUCACUUAUAUGACUUUGCUCACUGUGAGUGGCAUAAACUGCAGUUCCUCUAAUGGCCACUUGAGGGUGGCUUCAAAAGUGAGGCAGUCCCAAUAGAUUCCCCAUGUUAAAAUGUCAAACUUAGCACUAGAAAUAAACACAUUUACAGGCUGCUACAAAAAGCAGUUCUGGUCUUUACCGUUAAUCUAACUCUUCAUAACAACUGUAAGGUAGUUUAAUUUAAAAAUAACCCAUUUAUUUUAGUUAUAUUAUGGUAUAAGGAUUAUAUGAUCAGGCCCUCUUUAACUGGUGGAUGCCAGCAUAGAUUUACUUCAGGUACUUUGAGUAACUAAACCGGAAUUUCAACUUUAUUUUUAAUGCCUUUGUUCAUUGUAGUUGUUUGACAAAUAAUGUGACCUGCUGUGUAGUUAAUGAUACAAAAGUCUGUCCAAGAAGUUUCUACUCCAAUUUUAGUUGUUGUUGUUUUGGGGUUUGUUUUCUUUUUUUUAUUUUGCACCAAUUAGUAAACUUGUUUCUAUUCAAAGCAGUAAUCUAAUCAAUGGAGCCAUCUGCGUAAAACUAGAAAACAGACUAGACAGUAUUUUUUUUUCCUUACAAUAUUUCCCCUGAGUAAAAACAAGUGCUGACGUUAGCUGAAAACUUAGGUUCAUCUCCAGUCAAGACCAAUCUUGCAAACCACUACCUAACACCGUAAAACUUUCUUAGGUCAAACUAAAACUUUUUUAGCAGAUUUUUCUCCGUUAUACUACAGCUGUAUGCAUUCAUUACAGACACGUAGGAGUUUAUAAUAAAUAAUCCUGUGCGCACGAUAAGGAAAUGGCACCUUAAGGGACUCUAGGGGCUCUGCAGAAAGUUGUACUUGAAAUACUUCGGCAAAUACAAGCUCUAAACUGCAAACAAGGCUCCACUUUAAGAUUUUCGUAAACAGUUCAUGUAUUCAGGUUAAUUUUAUCAGGUUUAGAGCAAAGUUCUCAGAGCAAAAGAGGUUCCUCUGACAGGCCGAAACAAAUAGAUCUUACAAUUAUUUAGCAAGUAAAUUUUAAAUUAUCAGAAUUAUACGACUGAUUAAUCAACUCAAGUUCAAGCCACAGUCACAUUACCCUCUCAAGUUGCCCUGCACAUCCUCCUGUGAUGAAGGUAGCAAACAAAAUUUGAUCAUUUCAGUCUCCCAGGUUUUAUAUGGUAACUCUAACACGAUCCCCCUUCCCAAUUUAGCACAAUGUCCAAGAUAAACGACGAGUGUUUGUUUUUGAGAGAUUACACAAAACAAAAAACUUUUAAUUUUAAUUAAUAAGGGUUUUUUUAAAUUAAAAAUAAGAGUUUGCUGACAUUAUUCUGCCGACCCCUCAAUUAAACUCCGAUUGAAUCCUUGGCACAAGACGAGAUAUGCCACAGGUUGCCAAAAAUAGGAGGACAGCAAGUCAGAUGUAGCAACAGUACAGAGCAUCCUGUAAUCUUUCAAAAUAAAAGACCGUGCACCAAACAACCCUUCCAAAACCAUCCUAGUGGGGAAAAGAUGGAGCAAAACUACAUUUCUGAUGCACUUCUCAAACUUGAGACACACAAAUUCAUGGCCUACGUGAACUGAAAACAUUGUGCUGAUGUUCAAACUUGUAAAAUUUAUGUUCAGUAAGAUGUGUGCAGAUCACUCUGAGGUGGAAACCUCAGAGGGAAAAUGCUAAACAUCUGUUUUUAAAACAGACUGCGUGUCAUGUUGACUGAGAACCGAAAAGACUUUCCCAUGUUCUACUGUCUUGUUACUCUUUAAUAAUAUUAUUGUGUUCAUGUAUUGCCUCUUGCUCUGUAUUCAAAAAACUGGACUGAAUUCACGUGAUCAUCGAAAUCCUCCACUGGACUGUUUUGCUGCCUCCCCCAUACAACUGAUCACUGAUCGUAUCUUGGACUCACUGAUGCACUUUCCGCUCUGUCAGAACAGUUCAGUCGUUUUGGCACCCUUGAGUAGUUUUUGAUUAUGUAUUUUUGGCUUGUGUUUUUGUCCAAAUAAAGAUCUAUUCUAAAGCAA